GUUGACAACAUACGCAAUGUUCACAAUUUUUUAGAUCCAGGGGAUAUAGACUAUACAAGAGUCUAAAACCCUAUAAAAGAAGAAAGAAGAAGAAGAAGAGAAUUAGUGGAUUCAGUUUAAACACUAUAAAAAAGAAAGAAGAAGAAUAAUUAGUGGAUUCUGAAAAAAAAUAGGGAAUAUAGACAUGAGAAGUCUAAAAUCCUACAAAAAAGAAUAAAUAAUAAUAAUAAAUAUCAUAUGAAACAGAUUAAAACCUUCAAACAGAAACAACAGAAAGAAGAGCAAAAGAAACAAGAUUUAGGGAAAGUAAGACAUUUCCAUCUCCGAGAAUGUAUGUUAGUGGCGUCGUGUGGAAGAAGCUCCCUCAGGGAACUAUGAGUCUAAAACGGUUCAUGCUGAGAACAGAAGCUAUAAAACUCUAUAGAAAUAUCCUGCGACAACUAAAAAAACUGCCUGACAAAGAACAGCGCAAAGAAAUAAGAGACUGGGCGAGAAGUGAUUUUGAAGCUCAUCGGCAUCAUGAAGAUGAGAACACAAUAAGGUCUCUCCUAUACCAGGGCCAGAAGCAGCUUGAAGAACUAGAGAAAAAUAUAAGGCGUGUCAAUUCAUAGCAUACUUAAUUUAAUUGUAUUUACUUUAACUAUAUUCUAGAAUGGUGUAUAAUAGUUGAAUAAAAAUGUAAUAUCAAUAUA